AUGGAAUAUUUUGCUGGUAAAAAAGUACAACACAGGUUUUUAGACGGUAUGGUGUUAGUCGAUGAAGAAACUGUUCGAGAGGGUCGACGAGUAACAGCGACAUUGCUGGCAGCAUUUCGAUACGGUCGAGAAGAUCUAGACGUUUUGGGUCUGACAUUUCGGAAAGAUUUGAUAUCUCAACAGUAUCAGGUUUACCCACCGAAUACGUCACAGCCGAGUCGACCACUUACGCGAUUGCAAGAGCGGUUAAAACGGAAACUCGGUGAUCUAGCGUUUCCAUUUUGGUUUGAGGUUCCUCCGCGAAGUGCGAGCAGUGUUACUCUUCAGCCAGCAUCCGGUGAUACUGGUAAACCAUGUGGAGUUGAUUACGAGCUAAAGACUGUAGUUGGAGGACUGGACGCCAGUACUAAUGAUCGUCAGUUGAGGAAGUUAGUUUUCACAUUUGCUUUCUUUACCAUAGUUCCUACAAUUCGAAAGUUAACCUACGCUCCAUGGGAGGCAAGACCUCAGCCAACGGCUGAUGUCAGCAAAGAUUUCAUGAUGAGCGCCGGACUUCUGCACAUGGAGGCUUCUUUAGAUAAAGAGGUAAGCGUUAUGCAAAUAGCUGACAUUUGCCUUUUCACUACUGCUUCGUACACAUGUGAAGUGGCACGGAUUGAGAGCUCUGAAGGGUUUCCUGUCGGACCGGGUGCAACACUUUCGAAAGUGUACUCCGUUUGUCCACUGUUACGAAAUAACAAAGACAAGAGGGGAUUAGCUCUAGACGGACAAUUAAAACACGAAGAUACCAACCUUGCUUCAAGUACGAUAUUGCAACCAACGACAGCGAAAGAAAGCCUGGGAAUUGUGGUCGCAUAUCGAGUAAAAAUUAGGGCGGCAAUUGCAGGACCACUUGGUGGAGAAUUGGUGGCUGAACUACCCUUCACUUUGACACAUGCAAAGCCAGCUGAAACACCUGAGAGAAGGGAACGACCGAUAACGAACCGACAAACUCAAGAAGAUUCAGGACCCGAUCCAUUAGAAGUAGAUCUGAUACAGCUUAACGACGAGAUCAGCGAUCUUCGCAUGGACGACGAUGAUCUUAUCUUCGAGGAUUUUACACGUCUUCGUCUUAAAGGUGCAGACUCCACGGAUGAACCAUCGCCCAGUGUACAGCCGCCGAGCUUGAUUUAA